AGCAGCCUUAAGCUUUGUAAACACAGAGGAGGCAGCUAUCCCGUUACUGGCAUGCUUGUAGGAACAAAGCGACAACUCUGAAUCCAGCCAAAAACCUGGAACUUUAUGAAAGCGAAGGACUUUUUGUUCAAGUUAUAGCUGGGGUUCUCGAAAGCUGACGGGAAGAACAUUUUGCAACGACGCUGGCGUCGCUGGCAGCAGUGAAAACAAAGAGGGAUCCUGUCAGCUGAGGGGGACACAGACCUACAGGACUGUAGGACACAAAAUUGCUUUAUGACUCUCCCAGACAUUGGAUUAUUCUCUGUAUGGUUCGCCUUGUUGUAAUGGAAGUCCCUCACGGGAUGUCCCACUUUUAAGCGAAGAGAGGGGGGCACUUAGACCCUUUUGGGACAGUCUGAGAGUGAACAAAGGCUCCUUGGAUUGAUUUACACUGCUCCAUUACUUUGUAACAACAUACUGUAGUCUGAGUGGGUGGCAAGAGGAAAUCUUGAUUCCUUUCAGCAUUUUCCCUUUGGCAAAGCAUCAGAACUUUUGGACUUGUAGUCAAGGGGUGUAGGCAAGAAGGGGUACAUUGUCCCCUACACACCCAGUUAUACUUAAGUUUGUCAGGGGAUGAUGGAAAUACCCUUCUAUCAUGAUGAUGUGUUGAAUGUUCAUCAGGCUCCCCAGUACACUUCUGCUUUUGACGCUAUGAUGAAAAAGGAUCUGAACCUUAACCUGAAUGACCAGGUUGUAGCUAAUUUAAAGCCACAUCUCCGUGAUGCGGAUGGCAUACUUACAUCCCCUGAUCUUGGACUACUGAAGUUGGCUUCUCCUGAACUGGAGAGGCUUAUCAUCCAGUCAAAUGGCAUGGUCACCACCACACCUACUACUGGCCAGUUUGUGUACACAAAGGUGGCUAGUGAGGAGCAAGAAUUUGCAGAGGGCUUUGUGAAAGCACUGGAAGAUCUCCAUAAGCAGAACCAAUUGGGGGUUCAACCAAAUAGUUUGGAUAUAAGCUCAGUUCCUGUUGGACCUAGCCUUCAGCCUCCACCAACAUCCGAGUCUCCUAUCUAUGCCAAUCUUAGCAGCUACCCCAGUGGGGCUAUGGGAACCACUGUCAAUUAUAGUACUGAUACUGUGCCAUACCCACCACCUCCAUCAAACAUGAUACAGCAACCAGCACCUCCACCACCCAGAUUGCAGGCUCUGAAAGAUGAGCCACAGAUUGUACCAGAGAUGGCCAGCUUUGGGGAUAGUCCGCCAAUGUCCCCUAUAAAUAUGGACACCCAGGAAAGGAUCAAAGCUGAGAGAAAGAGGCUGAGAAACAGGAUAGCUGCAUCUAAAUGCAGAAAGAGAAAGCUUGAGCGAAUCUCCAGACUAGAGGAAAAAGUGAAGAGCCUUAAGACACAGAACACUGAGUUGGCAUCUACUGCUAACCUGCUGAGGGAACAGGUGGCCCAACUAAAGCAAAAGGUCAUGAGUCAUGUCAACAGUGGCUGCCAGCUUCUGCCCCAACAGGUCCAAGCCUACUAAGCACUAAAUAUUUCCUCUACUAUUCUGACCUAUCCAUUGCUUUACCUUACACCUCUAACAAAUUUAUUCCAAUUUUAAGAAGCUCACUAAGUAUAAUUAGUUGGGACUUUGUCAUUUUUGUAAAGAUUAUUGACUCAAAUGACCAAAGACUGGGGUGGCUAUACUUUCGGAAGCAUCAAACCUCUCCCAUUACUACUGACCAUAACCAAAUAGCAUCAUCUAAUGUAGGGUGACCUUUUAAAAUAAAUGUAAACACAACCAUAGUGGAGGAUCAUGGUGUUGGAAUGAUAUUAGGACUGCAUAUUUCUUGAGACUGAUAGUUUUGAGAUACAGUGUUGCUGCAGAUGUUCUUUUGUUUGUUUUUCUUCAUGUAAACCAUCCUGACUUUGCAUAGUACAGAUUUACAAAUUUACCCCAUAACACAACCUUAAGGAAGAUUGAAGAGGCUUAAGACAACAGUGACUACUAUUAUAUAGAGUGCAUAAUUAGCAUGACUUACAGGAUGUUAUGUGGGUUAAGGUUUUGUUUCUUAGACCCUAAUCAUACUGCUCACUCCAGUGUUCUCUCUUGAGCUGUACAGACAAGUUCAUUCAUGCAGUAAUGCCUAUAUCCAGAACAUGUUUAAGACAAACUUGGUUGGAUGUAAAUGCCAAGUGCAAUCAAUGCUGAUUUAAAUAUAUAUAAACUGCCUUAAAUGUUUACAAUGUUUCAAAAGCAGAGGACAGCAUAGGCGGCAAUAGCCUGCAUUGAAACUACUUAGCUACUGGACAAAUCCACACAUCAGGGAAAUUCCAGUAUAAAGUGUAUGAGUGCACUAUGUCUGCAUCUUCUAGGCCGAGCAAUACUUUGUAUGAUAAUUUAAAUGUAAUAUUUUACAGAACUUUUGGUUGAAGUGUUCAGUUUGCUAUAAUUAAGUUAUGCUGGGAACAAUGUUUUCAAACCGUUUUUUUGUACUACACAUUCCAGUAUAUACAGUACUCCAGUGCUCUUAUAUAUAAUAAAGUAUUGUUAAAAUGAA